AUGAUGGGGCGCUUCUUUAGUGGUUUGGCCCAGUCAGGAGCCUGGUGCUGCUUCGAUGAAUUUAAUCGAAUAGACAUAGAAGUUUUGUCAGUGAUUGCACAGCAACUCAUCACCAUUAGGAAUGCCAAAGCCGCAAAACUCUCUAGAUUCAUGUUUGAGGGAAGAGAAAUAAAGUUGGUUAUGACUUGUGCAGCCUUCAUCACAAUGAAUCCUGGAUAUGCUGGCAGAACCGAGUUGCCAGAUAAUUUGAAGGCUCUAUUUAGACCAAUGGCAAUGAUGGUUCCAAAUUAUGCUUUGAUUGCAGAGGUAAUCCUAUAUUCUGAAGGAUUUGAAUCCAGUAAAACAUUAGCAAGAAAAAUGACCCAGAUGUAUAAGCUUUGCAGUGAACAGCUCUCUCAACAGGAUCACUAUGAUUUUGGCAUGAGAGCUGUGAAGUCUGUAUUGGUCAUGGCUGGGUCUUUAAAAAGAGAGAACCCAGACCUAAGCGAAGAUGUGGUUUUGAUAAGAGCUUUACGAGACUCCAACUUGCCAAAAUUUCUAACAGAUGAUGCUAUUCUGUUCAGUGGAAUCAUAUCUGAUCUUUUUCCUGGAGUCCAAAUUCCAGAACAUGACUAUGGUAUUUUGCAAUCAACAAUUGUGGAUGUCAUGAAUGGAAAAAACCUUCAGCCUGAAAUCUGUAUGGUUGAAAAAGUGAUACAGUUCUAUGAAACUAUGCUUGUGAGGCAUGGUGUUAUGUUAGUUGGGCCAACAGGAGGUGGCAAGACCACAGUUUACCAAAUACUAGCAGAAACUUUAGGGAAUUUACAAAAACUUGAUUUAGGCAAUCCUUUUUAUCAAGCAGUUAAAACGUAUGUUCUUAAUCCUAAAUCAAUCACCAUGGGUGAAUUAUAUGGUGAAGUUAAUAACAUAACCUUGGAAUGGAAAGAUGGUUUGAUGGCACUAAGUGUCCGAGCAGCUGUGAAUGAUACUUCAGAAGACCAUAAAUGGAUCAUCAGUGAUGGACCAGUGGAUGCUCUUUGGAUUGAAAACUUAAAUACAGUAUUGGAUGAUAACAAGAUGCUUUGCCUGGCUAACAGUGAAAGGAUUAAACUCACACCUCAGAUCCACAUGCUCUUUGAGGUGCAAGAUCUAAAGGUUGCCUCUCCUGCAACAGUCAGUCGAUGUGGAAUGGUGUUUGUGGAUCCCGAAGAACUAAAAUGGAUGCCUUAUGUUAAAACAUGGAUGAAGCGGGUUUCUAAAAAGCUGAAUGAGGAAGCCCAAGAAUAUAUAUUGAACCUUUUCCAACGUUAUGUUGAUGAAGGUUUACAUUUUAUCAACAAAAAGUGCACCCAAGCAAUCCCACAAGUGGACAUCAGCAAAGUUACUACCCUCUGUUGCUUAUUAGAGUCUUUGAUAUUGGGAAAAGAUGGAAUUAACUUGACAAUGGAACAAGUGAAAUUGAACACUGUGCUAUGCCAGACAUUUGUAUUCUGUUACUUAUGGUCUUUGGGUGGAAACCUAAAUGAAAAUCAUUGGGAUUCUUUUGAUACAUUUAUCAGAACACAAUUUGAUGAUAACCCUGAUGCCAGACUUCCGAGUUCUGGUGAUCUUUGGAGCAUUCAUGUGGACUUUGACACUAAACGGAUGGAUCCCUGGGAACGAAUUAUACCUACUUUCAAGUACAGCCGAGAUAUUCCGUUUUUUGAAAUGCUUGUCCCCACAACAGACACAGUGCGCUUUGGGUAUCUAAUGGAAAAACUACUUGCAGUCAAACAUUCAGUUUUGUUUACUGGAAUAACUGGAGUUGGCAAGACCGUUAUUGCCAAAGGAUUGCUAACUAGAAUUCAGGAAUCUGCUGGCUAUGUCCCUGUUUAUCUAAAUUUUUCUGCCCAAACUUCAUCUGCAAGGACACAAGAGAUCAUUGAAUCAAAACUGGAAAAAAAAAGAAAAAAUAUUCUAGGGGCACCAGGAAAUAAGCAAGUUAUAAUUUUUGUUGACGACUUAAAUAUGCCUAGACUGGAUCGCUAUGGCUCUCAGCCUCCCAUUGAAUUACUUCGCCAGUAUCAAGAUUUUGGUGGAUUUUAUGACAGAAACAAACUCUUUUGGAAAGAUAUACAG